AUGGCUCGGCGCAAGCAGGUCGCCCCCUUGCAGAGGAUUGACUCGGGAGAGAUUAUGCAGACGCCUUCCGACGAGCCUGAGCGGCGCGCAGUCUAUGGGAACGGGCACGUCUCGAAAGAGCAGUCGCCGCAAACAAAGCGCCGGAGGUCAUCGAGCUCGCGAGCCCCGUCUCAGGCUCCCUCGUCGGGCGUGCUCACACUCUUGGUCUGCGUCGGCGGCAUAUACGCGUCCUUCCUGACCUGGGGUCUCCUCCAGGAGCGCAUCACCACCACUCCCUACCCGGCGGACGGUUCUGCGCAGGCGCAGCAAGAGUACUUCAGGUUCCCAAUUGUCCUCAACACCAUCCAGUCCUUCUUUGCCUUCACCAGCGGCAGUCUCUACCUGCUGUACAAGACGAAAUCGUUCCACAUCCUCCCGCGCAGGUCGGCUUUUGUGCCCUUGGUCCUCGUCACGCUGACCACCACGCUGGCCUCGCCGUUUGGCUACGCCUCGCUCGCCCACGUCGACUAUCUCACGUUCGUCCUUGCCAAGUCCUGCAAGCUCCUCCCUGUCAUGGCGCUGCACGUCACUCUGUUCCGCAAGCGCUAUCCUCUGUCGAAGUAUCUCAUCGUCCUCGCCGUGACGGGCGGCGUCGCAAUCUUCACGCUCUACCACCCCCCGAAGCCAGGCAAGACCACAAAGACCCAGUCGUCGAGCGUCUACGGCUUGACGCUCUUAGCCAUCAAUCUUCUCUUCGACGGCUUGACAAACACGGUCCAAGAUCACAUCUUCUCGUCUCCCCACCGUUACGGCAAGACCUCCGGCCCCCAAAUGAUGGUUAUAUUGAACUUGCUAGGGACGUUGCUGAUGGGCGCAUAUCUCCUCGUCACUCCGUAUGUCCCGGAGCCUUUCAUACCGGCCUUUGUCAAGACCGAUACGCAAGAACUAGCCACCGCCAUGUCCUUCCUCGCACGACAUCCGAAGGUCUUCUACGAUGUCCUGGGCUUUGCAGCCUGCGGAGCCAUCGGCCAGCUGUUCAUCUACGCGACCCUGGAAAGGUUCUCGAGCUUGCUGCUCGUCACGGUGACAGUGACGAGAAAGAUGCUGACCAUGGUUUUGAGCGUGGUCUGGUUUGGCAAGAGUUUGAGCCGAGGCCAAUGGAUGGGGGUUGGCUUGGUGUUCGGAGGCAUCGCCGCGGAAGCCUAUAUCUCUCAUCGGGAGAAGAAAGAAAAAGAAAGAUUGAAGAAUAAACAAAAGUAG